AUGGCACAACCUGCCACACCCAGCUUGGCCUCGUGCUCACCACGCCGCUAUAACCCGCUCAUCAACCCAACGCAUUCCAAGCCGGCCUUGGUGGACGAGCAUAUCGAGGACCAGCAACAUAUCCUAUUCUCCCGUCCCAUUCUCGGCGCCCUGCUCUUCGAGAACACUACCUCCGAUGCUCGUGACCACUGCGCCAACGAGCGCACAUUCCUCUCUUGGCUGCGCCUGUCCAUGUACUUGGCUAUCGUCUCGCUGGCCAUCAUCAUCUCCUUUCACUUCCGUGAACAGCCCUCUGGUUUGGAGCGGCGCAUGGCCUUGCCUCUCGGGAUUAUCUUCUGGCUCUUGAGUCUGACUUGUCUGGCCAAUGGCUUUUAUAAUUACGCCCGCACGGUCAUGAAGUACAGCCGCAAGGCGGCCCUGGUUCAAAGUGGCUGGAAGACACAGGUUGUCUUGACGGUCAUUGGGACGGUCAUUUUGGGGAGUUGCAUUCUCUUUUUAUCCACAAAUCGACAGUCAUGA